AAUUUAUUUUCAUAUUUUAUUCAUUUAAAGGAAGUUAAUGAUCUUUAUUCAUUAUCAAAAACAGAAAAUCUGACAAUCUUGCUGACAACAGACAGUUUGACACAAAUCACAAAAUGCCGAUUCCGUCAACAAACAUUUCCACGCCGAACGAAAGGAUUUUGGUUGACGAUUUACCAUACGUUGACCAAGAAUAUGGAGAUCCAACUCUACGAGAAGCGGCACUUGCAUUGGUUGAUGAAGAGACACGAAGAUAUAGACCAACCAAAAACUACCUAGAACAUCUUCCUCCACUUGAGCUGUCAGCAUUUGAAACUCCUUUGAUGAAGACUGAAUUUGAGCGACUGUCUCAAAAGAAACCAAUGGAUGUUUUGAGCAUGAAACGAUAUGAACUCCCACCCCCAUCUGCUGGUCGUCUAAAUGAUCUUCAAGCAUGGAUAGAGUGUGUUGAUAAUUCAAUGGCUCAAUUAGAACAUCAAACAACAAGGAUUUUGAACUUGGAAUUAAUGUCAGAGUAUGGUUGUGAAUCAUGGAGAAUUUAUAACACUGUAUUGUCCCAGAUGAUCCAACAAUCUCAGAAGCAUCUUCAGGAAUUUAAGAAACAAAUCCAAGAUGUCAAUUGGGCUAGAAAAAAAGAUCAGACAGAGGUUGGAGACAAAAUGAAACAUUUGGAAGCCACUUGGUUUGGUUUGAUCACUAAAAACUACGAAAUCGAACUCGCGUGUGCUGAAAUUGAGAGACAGUUAGCUUCACUUAAUGAAUGAAAUUCAAUGUAAACCUACUUUAUCGAAUUCGGAUAAUACACUGCAACAGGAAAUUGA